AGAGCUCUGCAGUAGAGAAACCUGAGGUGCUCAAGUGUGCUGGAGAAUCCUGGGGCUCCCGUCCAGCCUCACAGAGUGAGCAGUCAUCCCCCCAGCGCUUCGGGGUCCACUGGGAAGUCCCCUCUUGGGCCAUCCUCAUACAGCCCCUCCCACGGUUUCACCUUUGUCCUCUCUAAUCGCUCGGAUCGGCUCCCAGCCUCCAUGGCUGUGUUUAAAGUCCACCUCUGGGGAACACAGACUGACUGUACCGAUAAGCCCGGACACAGGGCUGUGUAUGUCCCCAGGGCUUCCUGGGACCCUGGCUGGGGUUGGGGACGAGAGCAGCCGCGAGGGUCUACUUGUGCGUGCAAAAUGAAGCUGCUCUGCGGCUUCUUCCUCCUGUGGCUUGGCCUGGUAGGGAACCUGGCUCAGAGUGACCCCAGCCCCAAGGAAGAGGAGUCCUACUCUGACUGGGGCCUGAGGCAGCUGCGGGGCAGCUUCGAGUCUGUCAACAGCUACGUGGAUUCCUUCAUGGAGCUGCUGGGAGGGAAGAAUGGAGUCUGUCAGUACCGGUGUCGAUAUGGAAAGGCGCCGAUGCCCAGACCUGGUUACAAAGCCCAGGAGCCCAAUGGUUGCAGUUCCUAUUUCCUGGGUAUCAAGGUACCAGGAAGUAUGGACCUGGGCAUCCCAGCAAUGACCAAGUGUUGCAACCAGCUGGACGUCUGCUACGACACCUGCGGUGCCAACAAAUACCGCUGUGACGCAAAAUUCCGAUGGUGCCUCCACUCAAUCUGCUCCGACCUCAAGCGGAGCCUGGGCUUUGUCUCCAACGUGGAAGCCCUCUGCUCAUCACCCUGGAAAUACCCUGCCUCACCCGCUCCUGGGGUGGUCUGUGCUGGGUCUUUACGUUUCUAUUCAUCUUUCUCAAGCAGCCUGUGAUUCUCUGGCUGAUACCGUGUUCAACACCGUGUGGACCUUGGGCUGCCGACCCUUUAUGAACAGUCAGCGGGCAGCCUGCAUCUGUGCAGAGGAGGAGAAAGAAGAGCUAUGAAGAGAAGGUGGCUCUUCCAGGCUUUGAGGCACGUCGGGGCUGUUUCAGAGACAGCUGUGUGACAAGAGAGCCGUCCUUUCUUCAAACCCUUCGGAAAUCACGAGCUGGAAAAGGGAGGCAGCAGGCCUUGUCCUUUGAGGAAAGUUAAGAAAAAGACACGCAGAGUCUGAAGACCGCUCUCCCCAGCCGAGAACCACGUGCCUGGAAAUUCAGUUCUUCGCUGAAGGACCGCUACAAGUAGAUCUUGCUAUUCCUAGAUCUGGUCAUGACAGUCAUAAGCGAAAUCUGGGGGAGCCCAAACAUUUGGGACAUAAUGACUUUUCAUUGGCCCAUGUUUCAGUUGCCAGUUGACACCUCACAUUUAAUAAAGCACACUUUUUAGAAAACUGUAA